AAUGUCAACAAAUACGUAAGACAGAAUAUAUCUUUGUAGAUACAGGUAAACGAAGGAGCAAGUAUCUACCUGUAAUCUAAACCAUUUAUGGAAAUUAUAUAUAUUCAUGCAACCUACAGAUAAUUCUCUUAAAAGGGAGCCUUUCGAAAUCUUUAUCGGUCAAUAUAAUAUUAUAAAUAAUAGACAUUCACAUUGAUCACAUUAUUGCCUGGUCGAUUCGAUGAGUAAUACGAAGUUUAUAAUAACUUUCAAGUGAUGCGAAAAAUAUAAAAUAUUUUCGUUUUUCAAGAUUUCAUUUAAAUCUAAAUUAUAAUGUAAAACGUUGCAUGAAGAUGACGAAGCGUUUAAUAUUCAACUAGUACAAUUUAAUGUGCGUAUUUUUGUGAAUUUGUACCAGUGACCCUAGAGUGAUAUUGCAGACAAAGGGUGUUUGAUUGAUGAGGCAAUCAUGGCAUCAAAGACAAAACUUAUUAAAAAUGUUAUUAUCAAUAGUUUGAUCUUUGUUUAUUUCUCGGUUGUUGGAUUUUCAUUGUUUAAUUAUCGUAGCCAUUGUGUGUUUACCUCCCCUUCCACGUUACUACGGUUACCACAUUUAGACAAGUCAGAUAGAGGAAGAUGUCGAGUAGAUCUUGAUAAAUUAGAAUUGGCAAAAUUGGAUAUUUUUACAGCCCCAGAAUUUGACUUUAUAUUGGAAAAGAAUCAGCAUGUGAAAAAAGGUGGUGUGUCCAAACCCGUUGGUUGCUCUGCUUGGCAGAAAGUGGCGAUUAUAGUUCCAUAUCGUGAUCGUCUUCAUCAUUUAAAGAUUUUAUUACACCGAUUACACGCCAUGUUGGUGAAACAGCUGAUAGAGUAUAGAAUAUUUGUAAUUGAACAGUCUGGUUUAGACAAGUUUAACCGUGGCAAACUGAUGAAUAUUGGCUAUCUGGAAGCUCUAAAGUUUGGUGAUUUUGAUUGUUUUGUCUUCCACGACGCCGACUUACUACCGGAGAAUGAUCAGAAUUUAUAUAUGUGUGAUCAACAUGCCCGCCAUCUGUCGUCCGCCAUUGAUGAAAUGAGAUAUCAUGUUAUGUAUUAUAAUUAUGCUGGAGGUGUUAUUGCUAUUAAUCGUGAAAAUUAUCAGCGUAUCAAUGGUUAUUCUAAUUUUUAUUGGGGAUGGGGAAAUGAGGAUGAUGAUUUGUCUGCCAGAAUUCAAGAAUCUGGUUUAUUAAUUACGAGACCACCAGAACCUAUUGGAAGAUUUAAAAUGGUGCGGCAUGCUAAAUUAUCUCGAGCUGAACAUGGUAAUGAGUUGUUUUUUGGUUGGCGAGGUCGAUGGCCUGAAGAUGGUUUAAAUGAUGGAGUUGGAAUGAAUUAUACUGUAUUACACUUCACAGAGGAACCAUUGUUUACCAAUAUCACCGUUAAUAUCGGAUCCAGACCUAAAACAAUGCCUAAUCAUAGUACCACACAAGAAUCGUUGUUCUGGUUUUUAAAGUUUUACUAUCCCUAAGAAAAAGAAAGAAGAGUGGUACUCCUGAUUCCCACCAUUUCCUACCAUCCAUUUCCCCCAGUCUGACCCACAAAACCCGUCCUUGCUGUCAUCUUAGCUCUCACCCCUAUCUGACCCACAAAACCCCUCCUUGCUAUCAUCUUAGCCCCCACCCCUCUCACCUCUAUCUGACCCACAAAAACCCUCCUAGCUCUCAUCUUAGCCCCCACCCCUCUCUCCCCCAUCUGACUCACAAAACCCUCCUUGCUCUCAUCUUAGCCCCUGACCCCUCUCCCGAACUACACCUCUAAUUCUUACCAAUAUUUAAUAUUUAUAUUUUUGUAUAUUUUACACAUAUAUAUUUUUUCUAUUCUGUUAAUAAUUCUCUAAUUUAUUACGACUAUGAUGAUGUUAUUUGAAUCACAUCUCCAUGGUUUAGAAUAGAAUUAUAUUUUAUUUAUUAUAUAUUCUCAUUAAUAUUGUUUAACUUCUUAAAAAAAAAUCUCUAUAGAUGAUCAAUCAACAAAAUUAAAUCUUCGUUCUUAUCGACAAAAAACAUACAUCCAACUUGAAAACCUAUUGCCAACAAUAUGGGUUUUCUCCGGGUCCUCCGGUUUCCUCCCACUGCCAAAGACCCUUUCGCGCAAGUGAAUUAUUAAAAUAAGAUUAAACCACAUAUUAGUUCCGAAAUGACCUAGUUUGUGUUGAGUGGACGUUAAACCCCAUUUCUCUCUCCCUUACUGUUAUGGAUAGGAUCUGGUCAUUGUUUCUGAAAACCUAAUGAAAUUAUUGUUAUGCAUCUGAUCAUUGUUUCUGAAAUAUUAUUGUUAACUUUCUGCAUUCUGAUCAAUAAGUCACAUAGAGUCAAUCAGGUAUAUUAAAGUUACAAUUUCAUAUUUUCUAAGAAAGUCAAAACAUAAUUAUUUCUAUGUCUUUUGCUCAAUAGGUUGUCAACUCACUAUUAUACGAUCAUAGGUUAUCUUUCUCACACAUAAAAAUCUUCACACCGAAAAUAAUUACACAAUUAUCUCCCUUGUUUUUCUAUUCCUCCCAUGGAAUAGCUAUCUUCAACUGGUUGAAUUUGAAGUUGAAAAUGAUGUUAUCGACAAUUUCUCAACUGGCAAUAGUGAAUUAUAGGAUUAAUAGGAUUAUUCUUUAACAAGGUAGGACUGUUUAUAGAUACCAUCUAUUUAAGGGCUUUAUUUUAAUACAUUUUAAAAAUAUAACUUAAAAAUAUGAAAUUGUGACUUUAAUAUUUCAACACAAGGUAAAAUUUAAUGGCUACACAAUUAUAGACUUGAUUGUAUCUUAAUAAGAGGGGGGUUGGAUGGCUGAAUGGUUAGCGUGCGCGCGCUGUAACACAAAGUCUGUCAUUGAGUCGACUGGUGUGGUUUCGAAUCCCCGUUGUACGUGACAAGGAGUAGGGUCGCCUGUCCAACCUUGUGGGUUUUCUCUGGGUCCUCCGGUUUCCUCCCACUGCUAAAGACCCCUACGCGCAAGCGAAUUAUUGAAAUAAAAUUAAACCAUAUGUUAGUCCCAAAAUGACCUAGUUUGUUUGGAGUGGACGUUAAACUCCAUUUCUCUCUCUUUAUUUUAAUAAGAUUUUAUUGUAUCAAUACGCCCAUUGAGAGUAGUAUACAUAUUAUUAAAACAGAAUAGAAAUAUUAUAAAUGAAAUGAAAUUGGGUUUAUUGUUCUACUGUUUUGCAACGAGAGACAUUUGGCCCGGAAAGUGGCACCACACAGCCUACUCUGAUAUCAAAAUUCCUAUUGUCAAUGCGUAUACAGGACCGCGUUCUUUUGUCCUAUUAGAUUGUCUUGUGCCAGGUCUUCUGUCCUAAACCAAUGACAAGGAGGGGGGGGGGCGGAUAUGCCAGAACAACCUGAUGAACUUUCUCAGCCGACGCUGGGAAUGAACACAGGGGCCUCAAGGUUAGCGAGCCAACAUCUACUCACUGAGCCACCGCGGAUCCCCAUAGAAAAAAAGACUGGGUGAAGUAAAAUAAUUUGUCUGAUAAUAGUGUAAGGUUUAAGAACAAUAUGGUAAAUCAAAUGUUAAUAUGUUCAAUUACUAAAUUCCUACAAAACUAAUUUCUUUCUUGGUCACUAUAAUAAUAGCGUUUUAUGUAUGACAAUACCCAUGAUUUACAAAGGAACUAUUCUCAUUCUGUACUGGAGUCUGUUCUUGAUUUACACGGGAACUAUUCUGUACUAGAGUUUACCCUUGAUUUACACGGGAAGUAUUCGGUACUAGAGUCUACCCUUGAUUUACACGGGAAGUAUUCGGUACUAGAGUCUACCCUUGAUUUACACGGGAAGUAUUCGGUACUAGAGUCUACCCUUGAUUUACACGGGAAGUAUUCGGUACUAGAGUCUACCCUUGAUUUACACGGGAAGUAUUCGGUACUAGAGUCUACCCUUGAUUUACACGGGAAGUAUUCGGUACUAGAGUCUACCCUUGAUUUACACGGGAAGUAUUUGGUACUAGAGUCUACCCUUGAUUUACACGGGAAGUAUUCGGUACUAGAGUCUACCCUUGAUUUACACGGGAAGUAUUCGGUACUAGAGUCUACCCUUGAUUUACACGGGAAGUAUUCGGUACUAGGGUUAUAGAUUUAUAAUGUUUGAAAAUAGAAAUAAAUAGUAUAGGUUUCACUUAAUACUUUAUAGCACUCGGACGCAAGAACUAUUAAUUGUUUCAAAUAGCUGUCAAGUCAAGUGUUGCGAUUUUUCGUCUGGGUCCUCUGGUUUUCUCCCAUUGGUAAAGACCCCUACGGGCAGGCAGGAUAUUGAAAUACAAUUGAACCAUAUGUUAGCCCCAAAAUUACCUAGUUUGUGUCCAGUGGACGUUAACCUCUCUCCCCCCCCUCUCUCUCUCUCCUGGCAUUGCAUAUAGGUAUGAAAACUACCUUAUGUUAACUCAACAUUCCAUACAAUAUAAUGGUGCCAGUAUCAUUGCUAUAAUAUAAACACAAUCCUGACAACUGUGGUCUGUAUAAGCAGCCUUCACAGAACAUAAACUACAUCCCAUACAAUAUAAUGGUAUCAAUAUUAUAAUAAAACCCCAUCCUGAUAACUGUGGUCAGUAUAAAGGCCUAGGUAGGCCUAUCAUUAUUAUAAUAAAACCCCAUCCUGAUAACUGUGGUCAGUAUAAAGGCCUAGGUAGGCCUAUCAUUAUUAUAAUAUAACCCCAUCCUCAUAACUGUUAUAAAGUCCUAGGUAUCAUUAUUUUCGUCAGUAUUUUUAUUCUUAAAGCUAUCUCAAUAAUUAUUUAAUAAUAUAGACCUACUCCUGUAAUGUAAUUAUUUUAAUCAGUAUUUGUAUUCCUCCAUUUUAUCCUAAAGUACAUGUAUGUAUGUUUUUAUCCAUCGUAUGAACAAUAGUUAAUGUCGUAGUUCAUCUUCACCAUGCCAUCUUUUGUAUAUUAAAUUGAUGUAAAUCAUCACA